AUGGCUGCACCUACUGCUAUAAAAGCUAGUCUGAACGCAAAUGUUUUGGACGUUUCAAAUAAACCUCAAUUUCAAGAGGACGGCGAUGCCAUUCUAAUUGAUACUAAUAUUGAAGAUAUCCAACAAGAGCAACAAAAUCAGGAGCAAAAUAAGACACAGGAAAUACAAGGAAGGCAGCCAAGUGCCGGUUUAGUUCUUGAUGAAACGGGGAAGCCUAAAUUUCAGUCUCAAGCUGACGCAGGAACAAAGGUCAAACUUGAAUCACGUAAAGUCCCAAUCCCACCUCACAGGAUGGCCCCAUUAAAGGCUUCAUGGACAAAGAUAUACCCUCCUUUAGUUGAAUAUUUGAAGCUACAAGUUAGAAUGAACUUGAGAAGUAGAGCCGUCGAACUCAGAUCAUGUAAAAAGACAACUGAUCCAGGGGCGUUACAGAAAGGUGCCGACUUCAUCAAAGCUUUCUCACUAGGAUUUGAUACUGACGAUGCAAUUGCACUACUAAGACUGGAUGAUUUGUAUAUUGAAUCCUUUGAAAUCAAAGAUGUUAAGACUUUACAAGGUGACCAUUUAUCACGUGCUAUUGGACGUAUUGCGGGUAAAGACGGCAGAACUAAAUUUGCAAUUGAAAAUGCAACCAGAACAAGAAUUGUAUUGGCGGAUUCCAAAGUUCAUAUUUUAGGGGGUUUCACUCACAUUAAGAUGGCCAGAGAAGCGGUGAUGAGUUUGAUUUUGGGUUCCCCACCUGGUAAGGUCUAUGGUAAUCUAAGAACAAUUGCUUCCAGAUUGAAGGAAAGAUAUUGA